UUUUGUUUUAGGAAGGAAGGCUUCAGGAAGUCAUUGAAACUCUUCUCUCUUUGGAAAAACAGACUCGUACUGCUUCCGAUAUGGUGUCUACAUCCCGUCUCUUAGUCGCAGUGGUGAAGAUGUGCUAUGAGGCUAAAGAAUGGGAUUUACUGAAUGAAAAUAUUACGCUUUUAUCCAAAAGGAGGAGUCAGUUGAAACAAGCUGUUGCAAAAAUGGUUCAACAGUGCUGUACUUAUGUUGAAGAAAUCACAGAUCUUCCAAUUAAACUUCGAUUAAUUGAUACUCUACGAAUGGUUACAGAAGGAAAGAUUUAUGUUGAAAUUGAGCGUGCUCGACUAACUAAAACCUUAGCAACUAUAAAAGAGCAAAAUGGCGACGUGAAAGAGGCAGCUUCCAUUUUACAAGAGUUACAGGUGGAAACGUAUGGGUCAAUGGAGAAGAAGGAGCGAGUAGAGUUCAUUCUGGAGCAAAUGAGGCUCUGCCUCGCAGUGAAAGAUUACAUCCGGACACAAAUCAUCAGCAAGAAGAUUAACACCAAGUUUUUCCAGGAAGAAAAUACAGAGAAAUUAAAGUUGAAAUACUAUAAUUUGAUGAUCCAGCUGGAUCAACACGAGGGAUCCUAUUUGUCUAUUUGUAAGCACUACAGAGCGAUAUAUGACACUCCCUGUAUACAGGCAGAAAGAGAAAAGUGGCAGCAGGCUCUGAAGAGUGUUGUGCUCUAUGUUAUCUUGGCUCCUUUUGACAAUGAACAGUCGGAUCUGGUUCACCGAAUAAGUGGUGACAAGAAGUUAGAAGAAAUUCCCAAAUACAAGGAUCUUCUAAAGCUUUUCACCACAAUGGAAUUGAUGCGUUGGUCCACGCUGGUUGAGGACUAUGGGAUGGAGUUAAGGAAAGGCUCCCUAGAGAGUCCUGCAACUGACGUUUUUGGUUCUACCGAGGAAGGUGAAAAAAGGUGGAAAGACCUGAAGAACAGAGUUGUUGAACAUAAUAUUAGAAUAAUGGCCAAGUAUUACACUCGGAUAACAAUGAAAAGGAUGGCCCAGCUUCUGGAUCUGUCUGUCGAUGAGUCAGAGGCAUUUCUUUCAAAUCUAGUAGUUAACAAGACCAUCUUUGCUAAAGUAGACAGAUUGGCAGGAAUUAUCAACUUCCAGAGACCCAAGGACCCAAAUAAUUUAUUAAAUGACUGGUCUCAGAAACUGAACUCAUUAAUGUCUCUAGUUAACAAAACCACGCAUCUCAUAGCCAAAGAGGAGAUGAUUCAUAACCUGCAGUGAGGGUCUUGCUGCUGUUAAAGGUAAAAUUGGAAGUCAUUAAAAAAAAAAAAAACAACACCAUGUUGUGUACAUCGCCUUUGCUUUUUCCUAAGCUCCUUUGUCUACGAUUUUUGAAUGGUGAAUAUAUUGGAGGCCCCCUUUGACCCUUUAGUUCCCUGAUUUUAUUAACUUCGCAUCUACAAUUGGUGCAAAAAUAUAAUACAUUUCUGUUGGCUGAGUACAUAAAAAAUUGUCAUAGCAUGCCCAAAUAUGUUUUUCUGUCAUUUGAAACCCUUUAAGCUAUUCUUGCUCUUCAUUCACUAACAAACAUACCACAAUGGUAAGGGCAGUAUUUGUGUAUUCACUUUCUAUAGUUACCUCUGAUCCUAAAUAUUGUGUGGGGUAGUAUUUGACAAGUGUUUUUUAGAUUUAAAAAAUUCUGUUGUAAAGCUAUCGAUUAUUUAGUAGAAUAAAACGAAAUAGAGCAUACAAGAA